AAGAGGGGUGCCGAGACACACGACAGUCGGGAUAACAUUUCUUCAGCGUCAACUUUUUUAGGUUUCCAGACUAGGAUGAACUCCUGACACAUUUUAAGGGAAAGUUAGAGUCAACCAAUCAUCAGCAGACUGCAUGACUAAAGGACAAAAACUUCGUUCAGGGAAGCUACAAAAUUGCUAGAAUUUCAGCGCACUAACCGGCAAGCCGAAGCUACGCACUACACCAACAUUAAAAUAAGCUUCUGCUUUUUUUAACGGUUAAAAUAUGUUUAAUUAAUGACUUGAGUUUAGUUAAUGAAUGAAUGAAGCCUUGGGGAGUAAUUUAUUAGCGUUUUUUUGCAGUAAAACUAACACAUAGUUAGGUUCAGUCAUGUCAGCAUCACCUGUGCACUCGGCUUGGGUCAGGCGCAGCAAUGACGGGUCCCCCAUCAACACCUCCUCCUCCUCCUCCUCCUCAGCAGCAUCAUCAUCAUCAUCCUCCGCCGGCAACACGAGCCGGUUGCAGCCCAUUCGCGCCACUGUGCCCUACCAGCUCCUGCGUGGAAAUCAGCAGCACAGCCCGACCCGCCCUCCCGCGUCCUCCUCCUUCUCCUCCUCCUCCUCCAUCUCAGUCGGAAGCAACACAGAACCGACCGCAGCAGCCCAGCACAGCAGCUCCAGUUCCGGCAGCCCGACGCUCGCCAGUCCGGCAGGAAACGGCUCGCUGGACGGUCGGCUGAUCCCGCGGCAGAGGCGCUCUCCUCCGGAGCACAGGAGCUCACCCGAGCGCUGCCCUCAUUCACCUGUCCUUAGAGUUGAGAGGUCAAAGUCACAACAGGUGUGGAACACAGGUGCUAUCAGACGGACUUCCUCUUUGGGUGCUAUCACCGGGCCCUACCUGAUAGGGCAGUGGCCACGUGAAUCCCACCUGCACAACCCCUCGUGUAUGAAAGACAAGUCCACACAGACUCCUGGAUGUUGGAGUGACGAGACUGAAAAGAAAAGGAGCACACACCAGCGCUCAGCAUCCUGGGGCAGCUCUGAUCAUCUUAAAGAGAUUGCUAAGCUCAGGCUCCAGCUGCAGCGCAGUAAACAGGGCGGAGGCCGGCAGUGUAAAGACAGUAAAGAGCGUCUUUCCCCCCUCCACUGCUGUACCAGCACCACCAUUACCUCCACUACCAUCAGCACAGCCAGCCAAGCUCCGUCGUCCAUGUCGAAGUCAGCACAGAUGCCACUGUCCAACAUCACAGUGCCAAAGCCCUCCAUCUCCAGGGUUCCCAGCAGCAUGGAAGGCAUCAACCAUGAGCUGGAGAAAGUCUUCAUCAAAGACAAUGGAGAGAAAGAGGAGCUAAAGGCGCUGGAGGUUCCUGAUGGACGGAGGGCUCCGUUUCCUCCCCAGCAGCGCAGCAGCAGUAGUCGUGGUAUAGACACUCAGACGCCAUCAGUGCCUGGGCGCUCCAGUAGCUGCUCUAGCCUGUCACCCUGCCCCUCACCUGCAUGCCCACCACGCUCACAUGACGGCAGCCCAUACUCCACUGACGAGAUGCUGGACGACAGAGACAAAGACAGCGGCAGCAGUUCUCCUCUGCCUAAGUUCGCCUCGUCUCCAAAACCCAACAACAGCUACAUGUUUAAACGGGAGCCUCCAGAGGGCUGUGAAAAGAUCAAAGUGUUUGAGGAAAUGACGUCCAGACAGUCAGCCACUGUCCCUCUUUUCUCCUGCCCUGACAAAAACAAGGUCAACUUCAUCCCCACCGGCUCUGCGUUCUGCCCCGUCAAGCUCCCGGGAUCCCUGCUCCAGCACUCCAGCUCCCAACAGGAGGACGAGGAGAAAGAUGAAACACAGGCCGGUCCCAGUGGCUCAUGCCCCCUCGCUCAACACCAUCACAUGCCCACUCAGGUCUCCACCAGCACGAGCACAGACGACCCCCCGGAAGCGCUGGCCGUCUCUCCCUCCCAACAGCAGGAGGCGCCCUCGGAAUCAGCCUCCCAGCCUCAGAACUUUGAAGUCAGCUAAACGCGCGCAGAGCCGGUCUCCGUCGCGCCCAUGCCACACACGUUUCGCCCACCCCAAACUUCCUCUUCUCUCUUUGAUGGACCCCACCUUUGUGCUGAAUCUUUACUAUCUGCAUGGCAUCGCAACUGUGGCCCGAACGAGAAUCGCAAAUGUAAAUGCAGCCGAAGGGUUUGAGUAUGUGGCAAUGCCACGCUUUCGUGUCUGGACAGGAACGGCGUCUGAAGAGCUGGACGGAAGGAUGCGUUUUGGGAAAAGGACCUUAGAAUAUGCAAAUCAAAAAUUCUAAUGGCUUCACUGUUAUCUUGAUAAAUGAGUGAGAGUCUCAUACAGAAAUCUUAUUUAUUAAAUUUGCCUAUUGAUAAGUUCAGUCACAUUCCAGAUAUUCCCGUUUUGCUUUUUUUUUUAGUGUCAUAUAUACAGAUGUGGAUGCGUUCACAGGUACUUUUCCAUCUGAUUUGAUUCCGCAUUGAUCUCGAGCAACUGCACAGCUGUUUUCAAAUGCAGCUUUGCUUUCGUGUGUGCUUAAAAUUUAAGCAAAGUGGCUUUUGUAUGAGCACUAUAAUCAGACAGCGCAUAGUGAGGUGUCACCUUCGAAUACACCGCUGAUUUAUGAGGAGAAAGACGUCUUAAUUGUGUCAGGGGCAUGCAUUUGAAACUGAUCGUAUGUUUAACAUUAAAUUAUGUGUCGUGUUCUCUUUCAACAUCCACAGUAUGAAUAAGCUCUCUCUCUAUCAAUAUAUCUAUAUAUGAGAAAAUCUAUAUAUAAAGAAAAAAGCUUGUUUGAAUUUAAAACCGUGUAUUGCUGUGUUAUGUACAUUAUGGGAUAUGAGCUGUACUCCACGGGUUGACGACUAUCCAGGUUUCCUACCUUCUGAUGAUAUUGCAGAAAGAGAAAAACACAGAAAAAGGUUCUUGUUUUCACACUUUGUUGCACAGUGUUCACCUGCAGCCUCGCUUCAGGUGCAUCACUUGCUGUUUAAACUCAGGUAAAAAUUCACAUUCAGAUCCGUCUCAUCAUUCUUUGCAUUCCAUGACAUUCCAUGUUGGGAGGUGCUUUACGGAUGACGUGGCGGAAAUAAUUUGAUUGGGUCGGACAUACUGUGUGUUAAAAACAUUAGACAGAUCGUACAACCCUCAUGGAUCAGACUCGCACCCUCACAGUCACUAUACGGCAUAUAUUAUCACUUAAUAUGACAAACUACUGCCCAGAUCUCAGGUCUGAGAUGUGGAAGAACAUUUUCUGUCUAUUAUAAUAACAUUUAAGUGGCAUGUUGGGGGAAAAAAAAAACAGAUUUUGAUAAUAAAACUGUAGGGGAUAUCAUAAUAGUCCUUUUACAUGAAUAAAGACGAUAAGUUUCAAGAAUAAAUUGUAUCAUUACGAGAUCAAAA